AUUUGGGUCGGCUGUGCAAAGGGGGUGUCAGCUGAGUACUUCCUGGACCAACAGCCCCCGCUGGGGUCGGGCAGGGGGUCUGGAGCAGGGCUGCAGCGGCUCCAGCUGCAGCUUGGGAAGGCCCUUUUGGGCUGGGAGGAGCUAGAGAGGUCCCUGCCAGCCUGUCACAGGCUCUUAGUGCUGGCACUGGCUCUGGCAGUCAUACACACACACACACACACACACACACACACACUCUGGCAAGCACCCCCUUGGUGACCUCCACGGUCUCACCUUCAGGCUCAAAGCUGGCUCCGUGGGGAACACGGUGACAUGGGAGGCACAGCACAGACUCUCAUCCUGGCCUUCUCUCUCCUCUGCCUCCUCUCCAAGGUGUGUGCCCAGCUAUGCCCCACACCAUGUGCCUGUCCAUGGCCACCACCCCGAUGCCCACCGGGGGUGCCCCUGGUGCUGGACGGCUGCAACUGCUGCCGGGUAUGUGCACGGCGGCUGGGGGAGCCCUGCGACCACCUCCACAUCUGCGACUCCAGCCAGGGCCUGGUCUGCCAGCUCGGGGCGGGCCCUGGCAGCCGGGGGGCCGUGUGCCUCUGGGGAGAGGAUGACGGCAGCUGCGAGGUGAACGGCCGCCUGUACCGGGACGGGGAGACCUUCCAGCCCCACUGCAGGAUUCGCUGCCGCUGCGAGGACGGCGGUUUCACCUGCGUGCCCCUGUGCAGUGAGGACGUGCGGCUGCCCAGCUGGGACUGCCCGCACCCCAGGAGGGUGGAGGUCCCCGGCAAGUGCUGCCCCGAGUGGGUGUGCGACCCCCAGCCCCUCCCAGCAAGAGGACCCCAGUUUUCUGGCCUUGUCGCUCCCCCAGUCCCUGGCAUCCCCUGCCCAGAAUGGAGCACAGCCUGGGGCCCCUGUUCAGCCACCUGUGGGCUGGGCGUGGCCACCCGGGUGUCCAACCAGAACCGCUUUUGCCGCCUGGAGACCCAGCACCGCCUGUGCCUACCUGGACCCUGCCCACCCGCCAGGGGCCACAGCCCACGGAACAGUGCCUUUUAGAGCCGGGCUGAGAAUGGAGACUUUGUGUCACCUCCCCAGUGGGCAAUCUGGCCUGCCGGCCACCGUCCAGCUUGGGUCUACCAUCCGGACCCUGGAGGACAGGAGUUCCCAAGCCAGCUGGUCCGUCUGGACCCUGAGCUACAAGCUGGAUGCAUGACCUAGUCCUCCUUCCUGUAACUCACAUCCUGGGAGAAUGACCAGGCGUCUUCUGGUCCAUUCACAGCCUUUAUCAAAGAUGCACAUGGACUUCCAGGAGAUGGACAACCAUCUCUCCCCUAAGCAUCAGAGGUGGUGCUGGGCUGGGUGGGCUACUUUUCUGGGGGUGCGAUGAAGUGGGGCACAGAUAUUCUGAAUCUCCUGCUUCCUUUCCUGGAGCGACGUAAGAACAUCCUUGAACAUGUGCCUACGUGUCAGGUUUGUGCUGUCUGAGAAAACCCUCCCUUCCCACCCUGGGUGGAAUUCAGGGGCUGAAUUCUUUCUAAAAAUAUCACAAGGUGAAAUCACACUACCUUAAAGAAAGCCAGAAAACAGUCCUUAAAGUAAUCCAUUAAACCCAACUUGUAUUAGUAAGAAUUAACCUUUCUCGAGUCCCCGCAAUGCACCAAACGAAAGCAGAUGCUUUAUAUAGGUUGGUGCUUUGGAAUAUUUUUGACUAAAGAAAAGCAGAGGAGAAUGAAAAAUACUUCCCAGGGACUGAAAUAAACCAACCUAUGUGUGAAAUUC